AUGGGCGUAGCCAUCGCCGGAGCCAGAUCAUUCGCCAAGUACUUCGUCGAAGAGCUGCCCGCUGCUGGACAUGAAGUCGUCCUCUUGACCCGGUCGCACAAGGACUUCUUCGACGGCAAGAAGGGCGUCGUGGAGCAGCGCAUCACCGACUACUCCACGAUCUCCGACAUGUCUCCGGCCUACGUGGACGUUCACAAGGCGCUGAUCGAGGCCUGCAAGCAGACGCCCAAGUGGAAGCGCUUCAUCCCAUCCGAGUUCGGCGGCAACACGGAGGAGUUCACCGAAGAACCGGGCACGGCGUACCAGUUCAACAUGCCCGUGCGCGAUGCGCUCAAGGAGCAAAGCGAACUCGAGUGGACUGUCGUGGUGAUCGGAUUCGUCAUGGACUACAUCGUCCCGAGUACCAACCGCUACCACCCGGGCAUGGGCCCGUUCUACGCCUUGGACCUGAACACAAAGACCAUGACGAUCCCGGGCACCGGCAACGAACCGUUCGAGACGACAAGCGCCCGUGACGUUGCGAAGGCUGUCGCCGCGCAGGUGAAAAGCCCCAACAAGUGGCGCCACCACACCUUCGUCCAGGAAGAGCAGACGACGUGGCAAAAAUGGCGGAACCUCAGCGAGGCCGCCCUCGUGGCGGAGUUCAAUCUGUAUGUGCCGCUGGGGGCGCUCAAGCUCGACCAGGAGAAGGUGAAGCGUGACCGCGCCGAAUUCUUCCCGAAUGUCCACUUCCGUACGGCGCGCGAGCUGCUGGCGGCGGUCAAGCAAGACCCGAAGGCUAUCGUGUAA